AGUUUGUGAUCUACACUUCUCCGAUAUCGUUUCCAUCAUGAAAAUACACAUGAAAUAAUUUUCUCUGUUUCUUUUUCUGAAUUGUUUAUUUUUGACAUGCUAAAUGAAAACAACUUACCACUUUAAUUACUGCACUAUACAAUCCUAACAUUUUCAAUGACUUUAAAAAAACUUUUUUCUAUAUUAAGUAACGAAUAGGUAGCAUCUUUGGAAGAAAACAAAAUCGCCUUUCUACGGUAAGAAAAUCCAAAACGCGUCGGCCUGAAAGGACCUUCAAGUAUGAUAUUGUAACAAAUCAUAGAAAGGACUUUGUAUAUUUAUUUCUUUUAUGGAACGUAAUUCGUCAGGAGCUUCUCGUUUGAAUUCGACAGAGCAGUCGUCUACGUCGAAUACAAAACUAAAUGCGCGUCAAUUACUGAGCAUACAGGUUCCCCAGCCAAUUCCAAUCAGAAAUGAUCCUUUUGGCUUUGAUUCUGUUAAGGGGGUCCGUCUUAGUUCGACGUUGGAAUCGGACUCUUCUGUUUUACGCAGUGCAAAUCAAGCAGUGAACGUUGGCGUAACGGAUCAAGACGGUUUUGAAAGAAUUCUAUCUUCCUCUCCUCCCGUUGUAAACGAGAACGAAUUUCUGAAAAAUGUAGAAGACCCUCAUUCCUUCAACCUUCAUUCAAGACAUCCUCCACCUUUAUCUGCCUCUUCACCGAAACAAGUACCUCUACCUGCUUCUUCUCCUCCCAAUUUUAGCUCCACCCCCUCCUCUCCUAUUCCAAUGUCUUCUGUUACAACUUCUUCGAUGCAUCCACCUUCUUCAUCCAAACUAUCCUCACGGUCCUCGUUCCCGAAAGAAGCGACGACUCGGCAGUUGGAACGUUUUGUUCCUAUUCCUCAUGGGAACCUCAAAAAGCGACUGCGACAGCGUCCUGCUCGCAGGAAUAAUGAGGUGGAUCUUUCCAUUCUACACACUGUUCCUAACUCAUCACCCUUACCGUCAGCAUCUGAAUCCGAGUCGGGAGAGUCAGAGACACUAUGGAAACAGUCGAAACGAAUGAAGCUUUCUCGUAGGCAGUCGGACUCUUCGUUUACAUUGGAUAACGAAAAUCUCAAUUCACAGUAUGAUGAUAAUAAGAGAUCAACCGAUGGCUCUUCUAGCGAUGAAGACCAAGAGGGAAAAAAAGUACUAGACGACGAACAGCAAAAGCGUAUGGAAGACUUGAGACAGUAUUUUCAGCAAAUAGACCAAUACAAGUUUCAGGUGGUUGACGAUUGAUUCAAUGCUGUCUUUUCAGGUUCGGCGAUCAGAAAAUUCAUUCACUAAGUUAUUUAUUUUCUUUCUUUUCUGUUGAACUGAUUUUGAUUUUAAACAUUCAUAAGUUCAAUCCUGAUUAAUCUUUGUAACUUCCUUUUGCUUGGUAUUAUUGUAAUUUGAAAAUAUAUUUUAUUUUAGGCAAUGCCUAUUUCAAUUAGAAAGAUGUUCAGUUUGAAAACUUCUGUGUUUCAUUCGCCCUUAAAAGCAUAAAAAAC